GUCUCCAGGAACAACGUAAAUAAAUGCGGCUCCCGCUACCUCAGAGAUUCUGUAUCACCUGGAGAUUGGGUCGCCUCAACUCUGUCUUCCGCUUCAUGUAGACUUAAUUUCUUGGUUUUCCUUUUCCCUUGCGAACCGCACCUGAGGAUCACUCUGUCCACUCUUUACGCCUACUACUAGAAGGGCCUCUACCACAAGGCUUCGCAUAGUAUAGAAGCUACGUGUAGGCUUGCCCAGACUCCGAUCGACCACACGAAGCCGGAUACGCAGCAAGGCUGCUCAAUUGAGCGCAAUGCUGAGUAUACUGCGGAUAUGUCUGCUCCUAGCUGUACUUGCAGUAGUUACACUAGGAGCAGAAGACUUCUACAAACUCCUCGGCCUCAAAAAAGACGCGUCAGAACGAGACAUCAAGAAAGCCUACCGCACCCUCAGUAAAAAGUACCACCCGGAUAAGAAUCCAGGCGACUCCACCGCACACGACAAAUUCGUCGCCGUAGCCGAAGCCUACGACAUCCUGAUCGACCCGGAGACGCGCCGCAUCUACGACCAAUACGGCCACGACGGCAUCGCGCAGCACAAACAAGGCGGCGGGCGCCCCGCCCAACACCACGACCCGUUCGACCUCUUCAGCCGCUUCUUCGGUGGCAGCGGACACUUCCACGGCAGCGGCGAGCGGCGCGGGCCGAACAUGGAAGUCCGCGUCGCGGUGCCGCUGCGGGAUUUCUACAACGGAAGGAAGACGGAGUUUACGGUGGAGAAGCAGGCGGUGUGUUCGGCGUGUGAGGGGAGUGGGAGCGAGGAUGGCGUCGUCGAGACGUGUAAUGUGUGUGGGGGGCGCGGGGCGAGGAUCGUGCGGCAGCAGCUUGCGCCGGGACUGUUCCAGCAGGUGCAGACUAUGUGUGAUAAGUGUGGGGGGAAGGGCAAGACGAUUAAACAUGUUUGUCCUGUUUGUAAGGGGGAGAGGGUGGUUAGGGAGCCCGAGACGCAUGAGUUGGAGAUUGAGCCGGGGAUGCCGAGGGGAGUGCGGAUUACGUAUGAGAAUGAGGCGGAUGAGAGUCCCGACUGGGUGGCGGGCGAUUUGAUCGUGCAUCUUAUGGAGAGCGAUCCUAAGCUUGGGGAGCAGGAGCAUGAGAGGACGGAUGGGACCUUCUUUAGGAGGAGAGGGAAGGAUUUGUUUUGGAGAGAGGUGUUGAGUCUACGGGAGGCGUGGAUGGGUGACUGGGAGAGAAACGUUACGCACCUUGACGGGCAUAUUGUGCGUCUGGGGAGGAAGAGGGGGGAGGUCGUGCAGCCAGGCACGGUGGAGGUGAUUGAGAAUGAGGGCAUGCCGAUUUGGCGCCAGCAGUUGCCUGAUGAGGUCAGCGAGGCAUACGGGAAUCUCCACGUCGAGUAUGUGGUUGUGUUACCGGAUCAGAUGGACAAGGCAAUGGAGAAGGAUUUUUGGAGCGUGUGGGAAAAGUGGCGGGGGAAGAAGGGCGUCAAGUUGGAUGCGGCGUUGGGGAGACCAGAGGGGCCGAUCAAGAUGCCUGAGAAGGGACAUGACGAGUUGUAGGACGGCUCUGUCGCUGCAUUCUGGUGGUACUUGGGGGUGGUCCUUGGGGGUUUUACAUUGCUUUAUCCUUGGAGUAUGCGAUGAAUAUGGGGGCGGGCCGAGUGUGGGCAGAGUUCUUUACCCGAUGGAACGGGCGCGGCAGAAGGGCGUGGGCUCGAGCAAGCGGAUUGUUUAUGCUGUGUAUGAAUUGGGACUUCGCAUCGUACGUCAUGGUGUCUAGGAGCAGAGGAGUUUGACAGAGGGACUCGGUCAUAGAUGAAAGACAGAAAUGAUUGCCAUCCAAUUAUUUAGUCCC